AGCAAAUUAAACUUAAGGCAAACUUUUGAAGCUGAAUUCAUCGACGACAAUGGCUACUGAGUAUUUGCCUCCUCUAUUGGAUGCUACUGCACAGGAACCCUCUCUGUUUGAUGGAACUACCAGGUUGUAUAUGACUUACACUUGCCCCUUUGCACAGCGUGUGUGGAUCACUAGGAAUUCCAAGGGUUUGCAAGACAAAAUUAAGUUGGUCCCUUUGAACCUUCAAAAUAGACCUGCUUGGUACAAGGAAAAAGUUUACCCUGAAAACAAGGUGCCGGCCUUGGAACAUAACGGGGAAGUCAUGGGGGACAGUCUUGAUUUGAUUAAAUAUGUUGAUAGCAACUUUGAAGGGCCAUCUCUUCUACCUAAUGAUCCUGACAAGAAAAAGUUGUUUGAAGAGUUGUUAUCACUCACGGACAAAUUUGCAGGGAUGGUAUUUACUACAAUUAAAGGAGACUCAACAACUGAAGCUGGUUAUGCUUUUGAUCUCUUGGAAAACGCUCUUACAAAAUGCGAUGGCCCAUUCCUCCUCGGUGACGAGUUUUCUCUGGCGGACAUCGCCUUCAUUCCUUUUGUUGAAAGAUUCCAUAUGUACUUGUCGGAGGUGUUUAGGUACGACAUCACAGAAGGCAGGCCUAAACUGACCGCAUGGAUUGAGGCGGUGAACAAGAUCGAUGCCUAUGCACAGACGAAGAAAACCAAUCCAAAAGAAUUAGUGGAACUGUAUAAGAAGAUAUUCUCAGCCCAAAAGUGAUGAAAUUGCCAAGAUCAUAUGAACAUAUAUUAAUGUGCGCUUGUGUGUGUGCAUGAAAAUAACAUGUGCUUGGACUACUUAUUUGUUCUCAGUUGAGAACCUAUGUUGUACGAGUAUUUACCACUAU